CACCCAUCAUUAGUGGCUGUGUUUUGCACUUCAGGGCCGCCAUACCAAAGCGCCGUUGUCGUGUAAACGAACGGCCAAACCGCAUUCAACGUUUUCCGUUAUUAGUUGAAAACGUUGUCGUGUAAACAUCCCUUUCGGUAGGCUAUAUUUAAUCGUAAUUAGCACUACAGUAGUUAUUAGUUUGUGAAAAUGUCUCAAAUAAACACACUGAAACUAUUUGUCAACGAACGAUUAGCUGCUGCAGCAGAAGAGAUAUUUGGAAUGAUGGAGAAAACUUUUAUCGAGCAUCACGUGGAAAUUUCCCGUUUAUCUAAGGAGCUCGACUAUCAACGCAGGAUACUGGAUAUUGCCCUCAAACCCCAGUUAAAGUUGCAUAGAACCGUGCUCAAUUGAUGUACAGCUGUGGAAUGGAUGUCUCUCCAUCAAAAAAGUAUGCAUCAAGUAAAAGCAAUGCAUAUUAAGUUUGAGAGCAUUCUCCCCUAUUGCUUUCCUGCCAAAACAGCCACCACCAUGACAUAAAGAGCUACGUAUUGCACCCUACCUCACACUUGUUAGGACGUUUUGGACUAGGACUGAGAUGCUGCAUAAUUUUACCAUGUUGACAGACAACAUCUCCAGAGAGCUGCUCCAACGACUCAACUUGGAAGACUUGACAGACGGAACAGGCAGCAGUGCUUUUCAGUCCAUGCGAGUGAUUCAGUUCACUUAAAAUGGAGCCCUGAGGCAGGAGUUUGCGUUGUAAACAUCCACAUACUGUACCAGCAAUUGGACAGGCACUGUACAGUGGACACAACAAUAUCAGGGGACUACUUUGCUAAAGCUCAGGACAGCCAGGGCACCAUCGUGUGCUCCUAUGUUUCUUUAUAAGGUGAGUGUGAGUGUGUGCAACCGUGGAUCCGUCGUGGAGCCACUCACCGCCCGGGCGAGCAGCAUUUGGCCCCGAGAUGCUACAGACCAACAACUACUCCCUAGUACUGCUGAUCCAGCUGAGCCUGCUCACCUUCGACCUGUUUGUCAACUCCUUUAGCGAGCUGCUGAGGGCAGCGCCUGUUGUCCAGCUCGUGCUCUUCAUUAUCCAGGACAUCUCCAUCCUUUUCAACCUAAUCAUCAUUCUAUUGAUGCUGUUCAACACCUACGUAUUCCAAGUCGGGCUUGUGUCUCUUCUUUUGGAGCGAUUCAGAGCUUUGCUGUUGCUGUCGGCCCUCUAUCUAACCUUCAGUAUCUCAUUACACUCCUGGAUCGUGAACCUUCGCUGGCUGAAUUCAAACCGCUAUGUGUGGACUGAUGGUCUCCAAGUGCUGUUUGUGUUCCAAAGAACAGCUUCUGUGUUGUACUAUUACUUCUACAAGCGCACUACAGAGUACCUGGGAGAUCCUCGCCUUUAUGAGGACUCGCCCUGGCUGCGAGAGGCCUUUGCCAGGGCCCGCCAGUGAAUGGACUGCAUGUGCAUUGAGAUGAAACUGACAUGAGUAUAGCCAAAUUGGACUUCUCCUUCACACUCAAGAGAUAUUCCCAUUUGCAUUGCCAGAAUGGAUACCACUAAGCUUAAACCCACACAGGCAAGAGAUGCCAGAUAGUAAGUGAGAGUUAAAGCAGUGUGAGUCACAAUGUGUGAAGUCAAAGCAAGCCUGUUCUCAACAAUGCAAUAUUGGCAUCCAUGUGAAUCUCCCAGCGGAACAUGGAAUUCAAAAGGAAGAAAUGGAUCAUGAUACCAAUACAUUUAGUCAUUUUACAUUUAGGAAGUUGUCUGUGAUGCUAACAUUUUGAAACUAUUGUUGUUACCAGCACUACACUCUUCUGUUUGAAAAUGUGAUAAAUACAUUCACUUAUGUUAAAAGUUAUGGUAAGUGUUAAAGGCAUUCUGUGUAGUUGUUGUUCCCACCAAUUUUAUUAUGCAGUACAUACUCUAUAUGAAUUUUACCAAAUUUGCCAACAUGCUCUAUUUAUUUCAGGAUGCCUGCACUUUAAAAAGUGAACCCUCCCCCUUAGCUACCAGAAACAAACAAAAGUACAACUCAGACAAUGUUUCACAUCCCUCUAACCUGUUUUAAUGCAAAGCACAGUUACACGGACAAAACUGUUCUUAAAUUCAGUUAUUGUGAGCUUUCUGAUGCUCAAAACAAGCACAACACUGACACGAAGAACAAAAACUAAAAUGUUCUACUAAUCAAAAAAUGUAUAAUGACAAGUGUGAAAAGUGUUUGCCAGAUUGCCUUGUCUGUGUGGUGGUGUCUGGAAGGCCUUUGUGUUUAUAAGGGCAACAUUUAUGUUUAU